AUGCUUACUACUAAAAGCCAAAGUAACCUGCAGAUUUAUAACAGUUUUAAAGAUAUCAAGGACAAGCUAAAUGAAUGUGAUACAUCAGUCACAGAUAAGGAGAAGCACCAAAGGGAAAAAGAAAAAUUACAGUUUCUUUUUCAUAUUUCUUUUUCAGGAAAUAUAUUUGUCAUCAACCUGGCUAUUGCAGACUUGGUAGUGGCCAUCUACCCAUACCCUCUUGUCUUGACAUCUGUAUUUCGUAAUGGAUGGAACCUGGGAUACUUUCACUGCCAAAUCAGUGGUUUCUUGAUGGGUCUAAGUGUCAUUGGAUCAAUAUUCAACAUUACGGGCAUUGCUAUUAAUCGAUAUUGCUACAUCUGCCACAGUCUCAAGUAUGACAAGCUGUAUAGCGACAAGAAUUCUCUGUGCUACGUCAUUCUCAUCUGGAUCUUAACAUUUGUUGCCAUUGUGCCCAACCUAUUCGUUGGAUCUCUACAGUAUGAUCCCAGGAUCUACUCAUGCACAUUUGCACAAUCUGUGAGUUCAACAUACACAAUAGCAGUGGUUUUUUUCCAUUUCAUGCUUCCUAUAGCCAUAGUUACAUUUUGUUACUUGAGGAUAUGGAUACUUGUUAUUCAGGUGAGGCGAAGGGUUAAACCUGACAACAAGCCCAAACUGAAGCCACAUGACUUUAGAAACUUUGUUACCAUGUUUGUUGUGUUUGUACUGUUUGCAGUAUGCUGGGCUCCUUUGAACUUUAUAGGCCUUGCUGUGGCCGUGAACCCAGACACAAUAAUCCCUCGGAUUCCGGAGUGGUUGUUUGUAUCCAGCUACUACAUGGCAUAUUUCAACAGCUGCCUUAAUGCUAUUAUAUAUGGACUCCUGAACCAGAAUUUCAGAAGAGAAUAUAAGAGAAUUAUUGUCACAAUUUGUACAGCCAAAGUAUUCGUUCAAGAGAGUUCUAAUGAUGCAGCAGACAAAAUGAAAAGCAAACCAUCGCCACUGGUUACGAACAACAAUCAAGUAAAAGUAGAUUCUGUGUGAAAUCAGGAGCAUUACUCUUGUUACUUUACAGCACUCAAACACUCAGUCCGAUUUUAUUAUACUGAAGGCACUUGGACAUGGUUUUUCAUGCAGUAUUUGUGAGCCAAAGUAACACAGGCUUGAUAUAAAAAGCCUCCUGUUUGCAAUGACCUAUCUUUCAAAUACCAACUCAAGUAUGUACUUACAGUUUUAAAAAUUUGUAGAAAGAAACAUUUUAAUUUUAUGUGUAAUGGGAAAACAACUAGAGAUGGAAUGGAACAAAAAUAUCCUUGUGACAUGGUUCUUUGCAAAAGCAUCAUACAACCAUCUCCGUCCAACCUCUCCCUUGCACCUUCUUAGUUGCAAGUCAGGUUAUGAUCCUGAUGAGUAUCCAGAAUAUUCAUUCUGGUGUUAGGAAAUGUGAAAAAGAGGAACCAGACUAAAAAACCUCAGUGAGCAUUCACUAGGUUUAUAUAAGUUCCUACAGUGGUCAUAGUUUUUACUUUGAGGUAAAUAGACCUCCCUACUCCCUUUAGGAAUUGCACAACCCUUCUUGCAUUCUCCUUUUAAAAACCUUUUCAAAGAAAUCCACAUACCUGAUUAUCUCAAGAGCUACAAGGACAGAGGUACUUACGGGAGAGUGGGGAUGGUCAGAGAGCAUAUGUGGGUCCCCCAGAUCAGGCCGCACAAGGGAGAUCCUGAGAAAUGGAGAAUGGCAAACCUCUCUGAUUUUCAGGGACAAACUACACCAGAGAAGAUUGAAAUCCCCCACAGGAGACAAGGGGAAUGAAUGAUACCCCCUGGACACAUUAGGAAGAAGGACCAAUUGGUUUUCAAUGAUGUGAAGUGUGCAUUGGAUACCAACCAACUGGUCUCUCUUUAAGAAGCCAACACCAAUUAAGAUGGGCAUCUGUUUAGGGAAUGGGAGUUCAUUUGGAGAGGGUAGGGAGGAUAUUCUACUUAGCUGAAAUUCCAACAAGAUGAAUCCUGAGAACUGAGAUAAUCAUUAAAAUGCACAGUUCCAUCAGAUGGCAUUUUGCCUACUUUCUGACCCUGUCCUCCCUCACUUAGUGUCAGUGAAGAAAAUCAAUUUGUGAUCGUAGGUUUCAGCUUUUAAAUGAGUAGGUGGAGGUCCUUUCAAAACAUUCACAAAUUCUGUCUUUUAAGUGAUGUUAAAAGGAAUGUUACACUAUAGUACAUCUGAAAGGUUUUCUAAUCCUCAACCAACCUAUCACUGAUACCGUGUUCACUGAUGCUUGAGCUUUCCCAAGUCAGUUCCAACCAUCUCUUCAGGAGUAAGAAUUUUUAAUAGCUUAUCAAACUUUAGUUGUUAUAUGUUAAAAUGUACAUGAUAUUCAAACUGAUUCAUUAAAAUAAUUGCACAAUGCAAUCUGAAAAUAUUUGCUUUUCAGCAGCCUAGGAUAUGAUGUCCUUGAAACAUUAAAUAUUCAAUAUAAGUCCUUAAGCUAUGUAUAACUUCAAAAGCAUCUCAUAUAUCUUUGGACAUAUACACUUGACUUAAUAUAAAUUAUGAGUUAAACAAAACACAUUCAUACAUACUUGAAAACCCCACUGACACUUUGAUAAGUGAGCAGUUUUUUAACUUUAAAAUAGGUGCCUCAUGUUGUCCUUCAUUCACUUCAAGUUUACAGUGGAACUAAUUAUCACAAUGAACAAUUUGAGAGAUGAACAAGAUAGUCAGUGCAUUACCAAGAUGCUUGAUUCAUCUCUGUUUAUGUUCAAACCUUUGUCUAAGCCACCGUGUACAUAUGGUCUCUUCUAUUGUCAUAUCAUUAUAUGAUAUGAGACAAUUAACAGCAUAAAUUAUAUCACAGCUUCCUUCACUGUGAUUUCAUCCUGAGAGGAUGCUAAGCUGUGAUGUCAUUGCUUUGUAUGUGUAGCUUUAUCCAAAUAAUGAGGGAGGCAAGACCACCCUGUACUAGUCAUAUAACUAAAUAAAAUAUUUAAUUUUUUACCAAAAUCUUGCCUUCUUAAAAUAUAUUUCCUCUUUAAAAUAGUAUAAUAUUUAAUGUUGAAUCUAAGUUUCAUUAAAUAGGUUGUGUAACCUAACCCUUGGUAAAUUCGGUAUUGUCAAAGUUUUUUCAUUUGCCCUUUUCAAAUGGAAGCUUACUUGUUUAUCAUGUCAUGUAUAAAAUAAGCUUUGGAAAAGUUGUUGAAGUUAAUGUAUCCAUCCAUGUGGGUUAUCCAAGGAAUUAAAAUCCCUUCUAAAUCACAAGUGCUAAAAAUGUUUUUGAUUUUAAUAAAAAUUACUUGCUUUAUGUAAUAAAUAAUAUACUAUACCAAAGGUAUGUAUUUUGGUGAAUAGGUCUGUAAUUAAAAUUAAGAGCAUUUUUCAGA